ACGUUGAGAUGCUCACAACAAAGGACAGCGCAACACGGAGAGGCUGCUCUCUAACAUAACGCACCGUGCCCACAAAUUUCUUUAAAGGUUCACUCAUUUUACUGUAAAGAGAGACCAACAAAUAAAAUCCCCCAUUGUCUUCCGCUAUUUUUUAAUUACGUGGUUAAAUAUCUGGUUUACGAGCUCAGACGCGGAGAAAUUAAUGAGAAAUUUCCUUCGGAGCACCAAUAGACAUUGAGAAAGGACUUCAUCACCCGUAUCGCAGGCAGGAUAAGCGGUGCUGCGACAUACGAACACAUGGAGCAUGAAAGGCUGGAGCUAAGGCUCAGCUGACCCCGCUCCCCUUCCAUCUCCUCUCCCCUUGCUCCAGUUGAUCAGCAUCUCCCCCUUUCUCCCCCUUUUCCUCCUUACCCCUUCCUGCCUCUUCCUGCAAGCCUCAGUAAGCAGGGUCCAAUGUAUUCGCCGGAGCAGGAAAACAUCUCCACAACCUCGUCCACCAAAGUGCCAGUGAAGUACGGGGAGCUCAUUGUGUUGGGAUACAAUGGUUCUCUGCCCAAUGGGGACCGAGGCCGACGCAAAAGUCGCUUCGCACUUUACAAGAGGCCGAAGGCGAACGGGGUGAAGCCCAGCACAGUUCACGUCGCCUGCUCUCCACAAGCAGCCAAGGCCAUAAGCAACAAAGACCAGCACAGCAUCUCUUACACUCUGUCUCGGGCCCAGACUGUGGUGGUGGAGUACACUUACGACAGCAAUACUGAUAUGUUCCAGAUUGGCCGCUCCACGGAGAGUCCGAUAGACUUCGUGGUGACGGACACGGUGGCCGGCAGCCAGAGUAACUCGGACACGCAGUCGGUCCAGAGCACCAUCUCCCGCUUCGCCUGCCGCAUCAUGUGCCAGCGCACGCCGCCUUACACCGCUCGCAUCUACGCCGCCGGCUUCGACUCCUCCAAGAACAUCUUCCUGGGGGAGAAAGCUGCAAAGUGGAAGACAUGCGACGGUCAGAUGGACGGGCUGACCACCAACGGCGUGCUGGUGAUGCACCCUCGCAACGGCUUCACGCAGGACUCCAAGCCGGGCGUCUGGAGGGAGAUCUCAGUCUGUGGAAAUGUCUUCACCUUGCGAGAGACCCGCUCGGCGCAGCAGCGGGGGAAGAUGGUGGAGACUGAAACUCAGGAGCUCGUUGACGGCUCGCUCAUUGACCUAUGCGGUGCGACUCUGCUGUGGCGCACGGCCGAGGGCCUGUCACACACCCCCACCCUCAAACACCUGGAGGCGCUGCGACAGGAGAUCAACGCAGCCCGGCCACAGUGCCCCGUGGGUUUCAACACGCUGGCCUUCCCCUCCAUGCGCCGGAAGGACACCCCUGACGAGAAGCAGCCCUGGGUCUACCUGCAGUGCGGCCACGUGCACGGCUACCACAACUGGGGGAACCACCGCGAGGAGAGAGAGGGCCGGGAGGGCCGUCUGAGGGAGUGCCCCAUGUGCCGGGCCAAGGGCCCCUACGUGCCGCUGUGGCUGGGCUGCGAGGCGGGCUUCUACGUGGACGCGGCUCCACCCACGCACGCCUUCAACCCCUGUGGACACGUCUGCUCGGAGAAGACAGCGGCCUUCUGGAGCCAAAUCCCGCUCCCGCACGGCACCCACACCUUCCACGCCGCCUGCCCGUUCUGCGCCCAGCAGCUGAGCGGCGAGCAGGGCUACAUCAGACUCAUCUUCCAGGGACCCCUUGACUAGCGAGGGGGAACUCCUCAGCAUGCUUCGGAGGAGGCGGGAUGUUUUUCUCUUUGGAUUUUUUACCUCUGUCUCCUUUUUAAGUGACCUUUGUAUUGCUUUUUCAUGAAUGACAAACAGAUUUCUAUAUUUACAUGAAACCAGAGACACAAAAAAACCAAACGAAGAACACUGCUGGGUAAACUUUGUUUCACGGAGAGAACUUUCAACAGUAUUUAUCUAAAUUCCUGACAAGCCGUAGGGCAAACCUGCGGUUUUUAUUCAUGUAUUUGUUGCAAUACACGUGUGCGUCUCUCAGAGCUUAUUUAAAGAAAUAUGUUUAUUUAUGACCCAGGACAUUGCUUCAACCAUUAUCUGUCAGAGAUCCCUAAUCUCUAAGUGAUUACCUUUGAAAGUCCAUCAUAAUGUUAAUCAGACAUGAAGUUUUAGGUGUGCUCCAACGGUUUCAUUCUGUGUUUUUUUCCUCUCUCAUUCCUUGUUCACCUGUCAAAGACGUUUGAUGUAUUUAUACAACCCAUGUCCUGGGGUUACUUUCUCUGAUGUUUCACUUUCAAAGCAAUAGAUUUGCAGCAGAAACCUCCUGAAGCAUUAAGGGAGCCUCUGAGGCGUCUUUGCCAAUUCCCUCACAGCCGCUGCCCUCCCUUUAACGAGUGAAUCUCACCUGAUCACCUGUUAGCCAUAAAAACGCAAUUAUGUAGCUGUGGACUCCCACACUAACCUGAACUGUUAUUUUUUAUUUAAUUUUAAGUAUAAAGGAGCUCUCAGGCAGGAACUCAUGGUACUGAUGUUUAACAGAUGUGGACAGCAUCUUAAUUCAGUCUGCCCGGCUGCUGGGAUGUUAGUGAAGGUCAUGAAUAUGUCAGAUUCUGAUUGGUAUUUUGAAACUUGGCACUGAGGCUAAAGAUUGCCAGGAUCUCAACAUGCUUUUGGUGCCUCCUUGAGUAAUAGUGCCCUCUGCUGGUGGCUGGAAAUGGCACCCUUUUUUUUUUUUUAAACACACAAGGGGCCCACGUGUAGGGCUCUUAGGCUUUUGAAUUAAAGCAAACUGAGGCAGAUAAAAGUAAUUUUCUCCAAUGUUAACCUUAGAGAUACACUGAUCAGGCUUUUUCUGGCUGAUUCCAUUUAGCGGUUUUCUUUGAAGUCUGACUUCCGAUUACAAAUUUGACAAACAGAUUUUUUUCCCAAGCACUAACACAGAUAAGAGGAACAACUGUACCACAAGUUGUUUGAUAGGGGGUCGUAGGUUUUGAAUCCAGUAUUAGGGAAUUAACAAGCUAAUUCCCAUUUUAAAUGCAUUAACACCCAUGUCCCUUAGCUUUAUUGGAUUUUUAGUGAACUCAAAAAGUGCAUUAAGUUCUUCCUGGUAGUUAAUUCAUUCAUAGACCAAAAAUGAUGUCUUAGUUUCAAUGCAUAAAUAGAAAAAAAAAUCUGAUUUUUCUGUAUUUAACCUGCUGAUCACCAAUUAGAGUUGAUCAAAGGAAAAGUCAUCCGAUUCCGUUAUCUGGCUCAUUUAUUGGUGCAUCUCUACUUAGACUGAAUAGUCACAGUGCAGGAGAUUUUACUUAUCUGAUACAUUGACUGUAACUGACCAAGGUACCAAGUCUUUGUAGAGACGUGUGCAGAUUUUCCAGGGCUUUGUGAUAAUGUGUGCUUUUCAGACAGCAUCUUCUUGUGAUUUUCUCUGGAGCUCUAUAGGGCACAGAAUAUCAGGGCUGCCUGUUCUUACUUUUACUUUCUUUUGACAAAAAAAUAUCUCAAAAUGUGACAAACUUUAGUAAAAAUACAACAUUAUUAUGGAAUUUCCCAAAGAGUUAGAACAGAAACAUAAUUACAUCUCUUUUAUUUAAAACACAGCAGACAAUAUUCCUGCAGCUGAUAAAGUAAUAUAUUUUGAUUAGUACAUCAAUAUACAGUAUUAGUUAUAAUAAGGUUAUUUAUUUAUUUAUUCUUUAAUUUUUGGUAGACUUAAGCAUGGAUAUAGAAUAAACCGCAAUUUAAAUUUAGUAGCGAUUUUUAAAUGCUUAUUGCAUAGAAUGUUUUGUUCUUUAUAUAGUAAGACAUGAAUAGCAAGGUUGAUAUUAUUUGGUGAAUUGGUUGGGUUGGUUGUAUUGGCAGUUAGCCUGCAGUCUGCUGCUUUACAGAUAUAACCCAUCACUCUUACCUUAAUAAGAGUGAUGGGUUAAGCACUGUGACUCUCUCUUGAUGUGUUUGCAAUUGGAAGCAAUUCCCAAGAUCUCAAUUGGUCGUUUUUAUAAGCAAGGAAAAAGUGUAAUAAUCGAGGCACAGUGUGGAGAUAUAGGCGGUGGAUGACUCUGGUCACUCAGACACUUUCUCUAGCCACUCAUUACAUGGACUUUGCACCAUAGGAAUGGUUUGAAGAAAAAUGUCAGCACUUCUGGAGCCAUAAUUUGUAUUACCUUGACAUCUGUAAUCAGCCCAUUCCUACUGCAAACCAGAAAGUUUCCAGUUUGACUAAUUUCCCCUCUUCCAGUGUACCUGAGAAGGCAUGUGUGGAUUUACCAGCAGAAGUCAUUAAGUAAGAUUUUAACAGCUGUGUCGUCACACAGUGCAAGUACAAGUAUGUCAAUAUUAGAUUGGGGAAUUCCUGUUUACAGCCUGCAGAUUGUGACUCAGCUGGACACAAGAGUGAACCGAGGCAGUCCUGAUAUGUCACUUUUUUAUAAAAAGCACAGAUUCUCCCAAACUCCCACUGCCACACACACAUUAGUGCGGCUUACAUUAGCGAGACACACACUGAAGCUGUAGAUAAAACUAAAGCGUCUCUUCUUAACUGCUCCUGCAGAUCUCCAGGUCCUGGUGAGGUCUGAACUCUCGCUGGUAAAGCCGUUGUUUUGUGUUUGUAUGUAGAAAAGAGAGAUUGUAAUUUAAUGGGUUGAUUGUAUGUGUUCAGUUUCUGUCCACGCCGUGGCUCUCCUUGUAUCCUCAGACUGCAACACACUAACUCACCUCAGGGAGAAACUGAUGACCUGUGCACACACUCACAUACCCUAUGCUACAGCCAUCUGAGGAUACAUCACAGUAAAGGCAACUGUCCUCUCCUUCACCCAGUCUAGUUUGGUCUUGUUCUGUGGACUCUGUGUGAAUAAAGGGCUUCCGUCUGUCUCUCUACUGUUAUAUCAGCCCUGUUUUGACACAAACACUCCCUGCAUCAGUUCAUCCCAACAUCCUUUACUCACACUUCUUCUUUGCCUGUCUUUGUGCUUGUAAAAGGCAAAAUCAAAGAAUGUUUGCAGCAAACACUUUUUUGUAUCACCUUUAAACAAUAAAGUGUAAAAAUGA